AUGUCGCAUUUCAGGAGGGCGCAGGCCUGUUCUUACCGGGAGCGCUGUUCAGGACGGAUCGCAGCUCUUAUUCAAACUAAUUCCAACCUCUUCCCGUUGAGGUGCUUCAAAAUAGUUUGUGGUGAGGCUUUCCGCCUGGCCUCUUCGUUGGAGAAGUUCGAAGCUGUGCUAACAUUAUACGACGGGUGUAGUGACGAGGGUGACAGAGCACGUAGAACCGCAGAGGGAAUGCGUGCUCUACAAAAUGGGCGUAAAUGUGUUGAGCAGGUAUUAGCCCGGAUUGCUGUGCUCGCAUACUACCAAUCAAAGGUCCCGGUGUGGUUCCUGCUGCGGACGUUCCGGUUCAUUUCAAGUACCAUUCAAAGGUUCUUAGCCGCCGUCGCAAGGGAUUUCGACAACAGGGUUCAAGGACUCGCCUUUCUGCUGUAG